AUGGUAAAUUUCAUUCAGACUGAAUUUCUCAACAUUGCUUAUGAGGAGUUUGGUCAUCCGACCGGCAGGGCAGUUGUUCUCAUACACGGCUGGCCAGAUCACCCUCACUGUUGGGAUAAAGUCACACCGAAACUCUGCGAGCUUGGUUAUCGAAUUUUGACCCCAUACCUCCGCGGUUGUUCGCCAACAACGUUUCGGGACAAAAGCACACUCAGAAGUGGAGCAAUUGCGGCUAUCGGUCAAGACCUAGCUGAUUUUAUCAAUGGACUGAAUCUGUCUAAUGUCCUAGUUGUUGGUCACGAUUGGGGAGCCCGCGCGGGUUACGUGGUCGCAGCUUUGUUCAGCAACAAAAUAUCAGGACUAGUCGCACUUUCAGCAGGCUAUGCAACAUCUAAACCAAUUCAUGAACUACCAUUCGACCUAAUGAAAGCAUAUUGGUAUGAAUGGCUCGUCACCACCAAACAAGGCCACUUGGCCUUCGAGAAUAACCGACGACAGCUCUGCCGCUACUUAUGGAAGGAUUGGUCACCUGGUUGGAAGUUUACCGACGAAGAAUUCGAAACCGCUGCCGCAUCGUGGGAUAAUGAUGACUGGGCUCCGAUUAGUAUUCAUGCCUACCUCCAGCGCUGGGGAGAAGUCCCUGGGGCUGCAGAGAAUGAAGAACUUGAAAGGCAGUUACGGCAAAACCCACCCAUUCGAGUGCCUACAAUGAUGUUGCAUGGGGAGAAAGAUGCUGAUAAUCUAAUUGUCACGUCUGAGUCUAAAGAUUGUUACUUUCUUGAUCGGUAUGAGAGGAAGGUAUUGCCUGGUGUUGGACAUUUUCUACCACGGGAAGCGCCAGAGCAAGUUGUGGAUGCUAUUCAACAAUUGACGCCUGGAAAGAGUUAA